AUUUUGUGGAAUUUGUAUGAAAUCAUUAAAAAAGUCGAGUCAUUGAAUGGGUUUAAAAUGAAAUAAUUAAUUAAAGCAUUAAUGGUGGGUUUUACAAUGAAUAUUGCGAUUUAUGUUUCGGUGAUUGCAUUGCUGUCCACAAGAAUUGAGUGCAAACAUAAGGAUAAGUCGAUUAUUACGGAUGAAAACAAAGCCGUUAAAUAUCUCAAAGAUGUGAACGAAAGGAUGGCUCAGGAAUACGAGAAGUAUUCUGAAGUCCAAUGGGAUUAUAUGACUGAUAUGAAUAACCACACACUCGAGGCUCAGACCAAAGCCUCUGAACUUUUUAGUGAGUUCCAGAAGAAGCAGGCGAUUGACACCAAACAAUACAAUUGGACUCAUUUUAGUGAAUAUAAUCGGAGACAGUUUGAGAGACUGGCUCUCAUUGGGACCGCAGCUCUCAGUGAAAAAGAUACUAAAAUGUUUAUAAACGUGUCGACAGAAAUGGAGGCAAUAUAUAGCAGCGCGAAAAUAUGUGUGUCUAAUAAAUGCGAUCUAGAAUUGGACCCUGAUUUGGAGAAAUUAAUGGCUGAGUCUAAAGAUUACGACCAAUUAUUGGAGGCGUGGGUUAAAUGGAGAGACGCUUCGGGUAAACAAAUGCGGGAGAAAUACAUAAAAUAUUACACUUUGGGCAAUAAAGCGGCUAAAUUAAACAAGGUGCUCGACAAAGAGUUUAAAACAUUGGAUGACAUUUGGCUCUAUGGCUGGGAAACUGAAGAUAUUAAGAAACAGAUGAGUAAAGCGUUGGACAAAUUGUUACCCUUUUAUAGGAAACUUCACACUUAUAUGAGACUCAAAUUGGAGAAAACAUUUGCCGGCAAAAUGCCUAAAGACAGGACAAUACCGGCCCAUCUGUUGGGCAAUAUGUGGGCUCAACAGUGGGCCAACACUAUGAAGACAGUGCCCGGUGUCGACCCCUUUCCCAAUUUGGCACAGAUUGAUGUGACCGAUGAAAUGAAAAAACAAAAAUAUACGGCAGAAAAGAUGUUCAAACUAUCGGAACAAUUCUUUGUGGAUUUGGGUUUCGAUGCAAUGACUGACAAGUUUUGGAAUAAUCACGCCUCCGCCUGGGAUUUCUACACAUCCGACGACUUCAGAAUCAAACAGUGCACUGAUAUAGAUAUGGAAGAUUUGAUUACAAUCCAUCACGAAAUGGGUCACAUCGAGUAUUACAUGCAAUAUCGGGAACAGCCGGCAGUGUAUCGCGAAGGAGCUAAUCCAGGUUUUCACGAAGCAAUCGGCGAUUUGAUCGCACUAUCUGUGGCCACACCUAAACACCUCAAUAAGACAGGACUGUUAACAAUCGACAACUCGAUGAAUAUGAAUGAUAUGAACAUUAAAUUUCAAUUGAAGAUGGCUUUGGAGAAAGUGGUGUUUAUGCCGUUUGCCUAUAUUGUGGACAAAUGGCGUUGGGAUGUCUUCUCAGGCAAAGUGUCGGCAAACCAUAUGAACGAGCAUUGGUGGCACUUAAGGGGCAAAUAUCAGGGCAUUUCACCGCCUGUUAAACGCAGCGAACGAGACUUUGAUCCCGGAGCCAAAUACCACGUGCCCUCAGGUGUUGAAUAUAUUCGAUAUUUCGCGGCCCAUAUCCUACAGUUCCAGUUCCACAAAGCCUUGUGCAGUAUUAGCCAAUCACACGUUUCUCUUCACGAGUGCGACAUCGAUGGCGACAAAGAGGCCGGAAAGAGAUUGAAACAUAUGUUAAGUUUUGGUGCCUCAAAGAAAUGGCCGCAACUUCUCAAAGAGUUGACGGGCACUGAAGAGAUGGACGUAAAACCAAUGCUCGAGUAUUUCCAACCAUUGCAACAGUUUUUGGACAAUGAAUUAAAGGGAUACCAGGAAAAUGAUCUCAAAUGGGAUUUUGAUGUCAAUCAUUAUUUCAAAUCUUCGGCAAAUGGUUUCAAUUCGAUUCAAUUAUUGAGUGCCAAACAGUUUCUUCAAUUCCUUAAGAAUGGGAUGUCUUUGUUUGUGGCCAUCAAUGAGUUGUUUGCCUAA